UCUUAAAAAAAACUGAUAAAUAUGAAUAGAUUGUAAUUCCAGGAUAUACUAAAUGAAACUGCUCUGAAUAAUCGACACUAGUUCAUUAAACAGUGAUCGAGGCAACAGUUUUCUUGAUUACAGAAAAUUAGGCCAGAAGAAUUACGACGUUGGACUCAUCAGUUUAUAAUCGAAACAAACAUCGAAGACAAUGAUAGAAACAUGUUCGAAAAAAUGCAUGUUGUUAGGAACAGUAUCUUUAGGAAUAUUGACUCUCGUAAUCCUAAUUUUGGAAUCGCACUUGGCUGACACAUUAUCUGGAAGUAGUAGAAUGAAGAAUAAAACAUUUCCUUCUGAAAAUAAUUCUACUUGCUGGAUGCACCAGCCUUAUAAAAUUAUCAAUGAAUGCCAUCCUUGUUCAGAGUUUGAAAUCAGAAGUAAAAGCAUAGGAGUUUGCAUUCAUACAAGCUUUAAGGAAAUUUUGAAAUGCGAAAAUGGUGAAACGGUAACCAGAAGCUGUGAUCGUGUUGCAUAUUUAGAAGAGAGAGCAUUUUGGAAAUUCACCAUUUGGUCAUUUGUGUUGGGGACAAUCUCCUCUAUAGCUGUUAUGUUACGGAUGCGAGUUUUGAACCAUAGAGCUAAGAGAAGAGCAAGACAAGUGCUGGCUAAUGGAUCAUUAUAAAACAAACUUCAAGUCAGAUUAGAAUACUAUAUUUUCAAAUGAAAUCAAACUCAAUUUCCUGAUACUGAAUUGUUUAAUAUAAAUGACGACAUCCCCUAUACAUGUGA